AUGCCAAGCAAGCGAUCCUCCUCCACCACCUCCUCUCCUUCCUCCCCCUCCUGCCUCGGCGGCGUCCUCCUCCAGCACCACCACCACCACCACCUCCUGGUUCUCCUCCUGCUCCCGGUGCUGCUCCUCCUCCCGGCCACGGUGCGGGGCGACUGCUGGCUGAUCGAGGGCGAGAAGGGCUACGUGUGGCUGGCCAUCUGCAGCAUGAACCAGCCGCCGUACGAGGCCAUCCCGCAGCACAUCAACAACACGGUGCACGACCUGCGCCUCAACGAGAACAAGGUCAAGGCCGUCUUCUUCACGGCGCUCAGCCGCUUCACCAACCUCACUGACCUCAACCUCACCAAGAACGAGAUCUCCUACAUCGAGGACGGCGCCUUCGCCGCACAGGCCAACCUGCAGGUUCUGCAGCUGGGCUACAACAAGCUGACCAACGUGACGGAGGGCAUGAUGCGCGGCCUGGGCCGCAUGCAGUGCCUCUUCCUGCAGCACAACCUCAUCGAGGUGGUGGGCAGCAAUGCAUUCUGGGAGUGCCCGAGCCUCAGUAGCAUCGACCUGUCCUCCAACAAGCUGGCGCGCCUCGACCCGUCCACCUUCACCGUGCUCAACCGGCUGCUGGUGUGCGAGCUGGCCGGCAACCCGUUCCACUGCGGCUGCGAGCUCUAUGGCUUCCUCACGUGGCUCGAGGCCUUCAACAACGUCACGCACACGUACGACCGGCUGCUCUGCGAGUCCCCGCGGGAGCUGUACAACUUCCCCCUGCUCAGUCCCGUCCCGGGACACGGGCGCAACGCCAGGUACCGCUUGUCCACGAUCUGCCGGGACGGGGUGUUCAUCACGGGCAUGACGGCGCUGCCGACGGACCCCGACGGCUCGGGCAUGGGGCCGGACUUCGACCGCGUCGGGGUGUACCCGCAGCCCACCACGUCCUCGUCCACGGGCGAGGUCCUGGGUCCCAGCCUCACGCUGCGGCACGUGUCCUUCUCGACGGCGUCGCUCCUCGUCCAGAUCCCCCGGCCGUUCAGCAAGAUGUACAUCCUGGUGCAGUACAACAACACGUACGUCUCGGACAUCAUGAACCUCAACAAGAAGAAGGAGAUCAUCACCCUGAACAAGCUGAUGCCGCGCACCAACUACACGUUCUGCGUGGCGUCCAUCCGCAACUCCCAGCGCUACAACCACACCUGCAUCAACUUUGUCACGCUGAUGCCCCUGGACGAGCACCAGUCCUCGCAGUCCACCACCACGCACUACAUCGUCAUCAUCCUGGGCUCCCUCUUCGGCAUGGUGAUCGUCCUCGGCCUGGUCUACCUCUGCCUGAGGAAGCGGAGGAUCGAGGAGGAGAAGGAGAAGUCCAUCUGCGCCAAGAAGACCAUCCUGGAGAUGAGGUACGGGCCCGAGGCGGCCGCGGCCGUCACCAAUGAGCCCUCUACGGUCCUCAAGCUCCACGAACAAGGCGGCCAUCACCCUCAGCAUCACCCUCACCACCACCAGCAGCACCACGGCGGUGGCAAGAUGCCCAUGUCGUCCUCGUCCAGCUCGGGGAUGCUGCACGGCGGCUCAGCCAACACCAGCUCCUCGCGCCUCUCCACCAUCCCUCAGGUAGAGAAGAUGGCCACCGCCUUCUCAGAGGCCAUGGGCGGCAAGGGGAACUACAUGGACGUCAGGACCCAUGGAGGUGGAGGAGGAGGAGACGACGGGAGGAUGAUGAGAGGGGACGGGAAGGGGCAAGUGAUGAGAGAGCACGAUUUGAGGCAGCAGGAUGAUUGUGAGAGUGACAUCAUGGGGGACGACUCGGACGACGACGGCCGGGGCUCCAACUCGGAGAUCUCCACCAUCGCCAUGGAGGUGGACAAGGUCAACCAGAUCAUCAACAACUGCAUCGACGCCCUGAAGCUGGACUCGGUUGGGGUCGGGGUGGCCUCCUCCUCCUCCGCCACCUCCACCUCCAUGGCCAACCCGACCUCCCCGCCACCCACCUGCACCUCUUCCCUCACGAAGGGCCUCAUCCCCCUUUCGCCGGGGGUGUCGGAGAACUGCCACCAGGUGAUGUCACCGUCGCCCAAAAUCCCCCCGCCCCCGCCGCUGCCCACGUCCGGCUCCAUCAUGGCUCCGGGGCUCUCGGGCGGCAACUUCAUGUCGCCGCCUUACCGCCCGCCCCCGCCCGCUACCGCCGUGCGGCCCAUCCAGAGACAGAUGAGCGCCGACGCCGCCAUGAUCGUCGGCUCUGGGAAAAAAUACUCCGGUGGCACAUCCUGUGGAAUUCCUGGCAAAGGCGGACGCGUGUACAGCCUGGAUGUCCCGGAGCCCCGAAGUCCAGACCCCUGCCAAUACCAGGACAAGGGUAGCCCCAUCGGGUGCGGGGAGCCCAUGGAGAGGCUUCCGCUGGUGGGGCCCGGGAGCGGGGGUGGCGGCGGUGGGUACAGCAUGAACGACGGGGGCAUGGACGGCAUCGCCAUGCAGCAGCAGCAGCAGCAGCAGCAGCACUUGGAGGUGCACCCGGACUUCCAUUGUGCCGAGCACCGCCACUCGGUCCCGGCGCUCUACUACGAGGGCCUGCACGACUCCCCGGCGCAGCGGGCCUCCUUCCUGAAGCCGCUGUCGCGGGCCAGGCGGGGGGACGCCGCCUCCUACUCGCAGCUGUCGCCGCGCCACCAGAACUACUCGGGCUACUCCUCCAGCCCCGAGUACAACGCCUCGGAGAACACGCUGCGCAUCUGGGAGCGCUUCCGGCCGUACCGGAAAGGCCCGCGCGAGGAGUCCUGCUACGUCACCGCCGGCAACGCCCUGCGCAAGAAGGUGCAGUUUGCCAAGGGGGAGGACCUUCACGACAUCCUGGACUACUGGAAAGGCGUAUCUGCACAACAGAAGCUGUGA